UCUAUUUUUCUCUAAAACCACAACAAUAAGGAUCUUAGAAGCUCUCUACCCCUAAUUUAAUACAGAGAAAUCUGAUUUCUUUUUCAGAAAGCAAAGCAAAGGGGCCAGAUUAGCUGAAGUCCCAUCCUCCCUAACCCCCUCACAAAACUGCCCAGAUUAGCUGGGAAUUAAGAUUAAACCAUUUUGUAUUUGUCUAGUCCAUAGGGGGAUUAUGUUUUUUUGCUCUCUUUUUUUUCCAACUUCCUACAUUUUUGUUAUAAAAUCAGAAUGAGUGUGUCUGUGGUUGAGCACAGUGGAGAAUGAGCCACACUGUAAGGUAUAUGCUUCACCCAAAAGCAAUAACUGACUGCCUUGGCUGGCACUUUAAACACUAGGUUGAAUUUUAAGUGAAUUCUUUGGGCAGAAAUCUUGUCAUGGAGGGGUCAAGUAGGAUGGAGAGACAGAAAUUUCCAUUUACCAUUGACAAUAUACUGAACAGAUUUCCAAUUAACAAUGAGGAGAGCAGGCAGUCUGGUGCGACCCACAACACUGUACCAGGUGAGGAUGGAGUAAGAUCAGAGAGUAUUCCUGCUGGGAGCCACAUAGAACCUCCACAGCACACCUGCUCAUGCUGCUGGUACUGCUCCCACUGUGGAGAGGUGUUCCAGGCUGACUAUCCUCCUGAAACUUGGCAGUAUGCAUGGUCCAGACGAAUGUUUCCGGAGCCAUGCAGGCCAGGAGGAAACACUAACAGAAAGGAGCAGUCCUUCAGUCAGGUCCAGAGGCGAACACGGCGACACCGCACCAUAUUCACUGAGGACCAGCUGGAGGCUCUGGAGGAGCUGUUCCUUCAGAACCAGUAUCCAGAUGUUAACGCGAGGGAAAAACUGGCACAACGCACCCAUUUACGCGAAGAGCGAGUAGAGGUAUGGUUUAAAAACCGAAGAGCGAAGUGGAGGCGACAAAAAAGAACAGCAUUUGGUGUGCAAGACCUGGAAGACUAGAAAAUGGUGUACCGUAUUAUGCACUUGUAGACAUUUUCUAGACAGUUUUGGAUACUUUAUCCAAUGCAACGAUGAAGGCUAGAAUAAUUCUAAAAGCGUCACUGACAGACAUUUCCGGUGACAGAGAAAUUGUCACUGGAUAAUGAGAGUAGAAAAGAGGCUCGAGUUUGAAGUAGAGGGAGUACAGGGCUUUGCAUGUCUCUCAAGGAGGCUGAAAGUAGAUUUUGGCUUGGAAGAGUUAUAUAUUUUCAGGAGUAGGGAAGAGGAUUGGAGGGAAAGAGAGAGGAGGUUGAAAAGACUAAGGGGGACAGAGGAUGGAUUUGAAUCUGUUGAAGCUAGCAAAAAGAAGGGAGAAGGUAUGUUAAGGAAGAUUGGUGUUAAGUUCAAACAGAGUGAGCUGGAAGCCAGUUCUAGAUCUGGAGGUGAAAUGGAGGGGGCAGAAGGUGUUGCAAGGAGCUUGUAUUGAUAAACAUGGUUUUGAUAAAGAAAUGUUAGGUCCAGUAGAAGUGACAUUUUUGGAUUCAGGGUGGGUGGUGUAACUUUCAUAUAUGUCGACAUACUGUAUUGUAAUUGUUUGUUUUCUACGGUUGUAUCAUACUGCGCUAUGAUUGGUUAAUACCACCCAGGUCUUAAGGUCAUUUUCAGUUGAUCAUGGCCGGCAACACAUGAAUGUGCCUGUUAUAGCUAGCUAAUAAAGAGCUACGUUUAGAAAGAUCCUGUCGUACUGCAUUGUAUUAUUUUGUACAAAGCGUGCAAAACAAGACAUGGUGUCAGAGUAAAAGGAUGAAAAUAUGGAUUUUGCUGGAGUUCCUUCACCUCGAAUGGACUGGUGGUCUACAAACUUACCCACUGCAUGGCGUAAGUUCAAACAGCAUGUGGAGCUAAUGUUCAUUGGUCCUCUGAAGGAAAGAGAGAAGAGGAGAAGUGAAGCUACCUGCUCCUGUGGAUAGGUGAAAAAGGUAGAGACAUUUACAACACACGGACACUUAGUCACAGAGGUCAGCUACUUCGGACAUCUUCUCACAGCGAAUGGAAUCAAGCCAGACCCACAGAAGAUCUCAUCCAAAAAGGAAAUGGGGCCACCAAAGAACCGCGCAGAGCUGGACACAGUGCUUGGCAUGGUCAAAUACUUAGCAAAGUUUGCACCCAGCCUCUCCAAUGCUAAUGCACCCCUGCGUCAGCUGCUAAAGCAGUCCAGUGAGUUCCUCCGGGACAAGCAACACGACAUUGCUUUCCAGAAAGUGAAAGACUUGAUUACAAGAGAACCAAGACCAAUCCUUGCCUACUUCGACCCCGACAAAGAGCUCAGACUCCAAGUGGAUGUGGUGAAGUAUGGACUAGGUGCAGUGCUACUGCAAGAAGGAAAGCACAUCGGCUACGCUUCCAAAUCUCUUUGAGAGUAGUGAAAUGAACUACUCUCAAAUCGAAAAGGAGCUGUACGCCAUUCUGUUAGGAUCUAAGCGUUUCCAUCAGGACGUCUAUGGACGACAAGUCAUUGUGGAAUCCAACCACAAGCCCCUUGAGUCAGUCAUAAGGAAAACGCUAGCCCAGCCCCGCCAAGGCCACAGAGAAUGAUCCUUCAACUACAAAAAUACGACUUCACAAUCACUCACCGUGCCAGGCAAAGACAUCCUUGUAGCAGACACGCUCUCCAGGAAGUUUCUUACCUAUACUGACAGCAGCCUCAGUGAAGACAUGGACAUGCAGGUGCACACUGUGUACAGCAACUUACCAGUUAGUGACACAAAACUGAAGAAGAUCUGAGCGGAAACAGAAAAGGACACACAACUCACACAGCUGAGGAAAGUCAUACAGGAUGGAUGGCCUGAGGAGAGGAAAAAUGCCCUCUGAGUAUUUCAGAGUUCUGGAAACAUCGUGAUGAACUAUCGCAGAUCAACAGAAUAAUUUUCAAAGGAGAGAAAAUCAUCAUUCCCACCAGUCUCGGAGAAGAGAUUUUGACAAAGAUCCAUGCUGGACACGUGGGCAUGGGAAAGAGCAAACAGAGAGUACGGGACAUUUUGUUUUGGCCCGGAAUGUGCAAACAAAUAGAGGACAUUGAUGGUAAAUGCCCCACCUGUCUUGAAUGACUCCCCUCAAACACCAAAGAGCCAAUGUUACCUCACUGUAUCCCAGACUGACCCUGGCAGGACGUGGCAACCGAUGUGUUCACCUGGAACAACGAGGACUACAUCGUAACAGUGGAAUACUACAGCAGAUACUUCGAACUCGACAAGCUUCAUAGCACCACACCUGCAGCUGUGAUACACAAGCUGAAAGCAGCCUUUGCCAGGCGUGGCAUUGUAGACACUUUAAUAUCUGACAAUGGCCCCUGUUACAAAUCAGAGGAGUUUGAAUCCUUCAAAAAAGCAUGGGAGUUCAAACACGUCACCACAAGCCCACAUUACCUUCAAAGUAAUGGCCUUGCUGAAAACUCUGUGCAGAUUGCUAAAUCACUCAUGGACAAAGCAAAAGCAGACAUGAGAGACCCCUACCUCAGUCUCCUUGAAUACCGCAACACUCCAGUUGACAACUUCAAAUCAACCAGCCCAGCUGUUGAUGAGCUGCAGACUUCGCUCAAUCCUUCCCAGCACCAACCAGCAGCUCCAACCUGAGGUCGUCAGCUACAAGGAAAUGCAUGCAAACCGUGCACAGAGACAACAACACCAGAAGCGAUACUACGUCAGGUCAGCUAGACCACUGUCACCACUGAACAACGGAGAGUCAGUUAGAAUCCUGGAGCAUGGCCACUAGAAGCCAGCAGUCGUUCAGCUGACACUGAACAUUCAUAUCACAUCCGCACCGCAGAAGGAGCGGUGUACCACCGUAAUCGUCAUCACCUACUGAACACAAAAGAACAACAUACUGACGUGAUUAACUGUUUCCCUGAAAGAGAACGUGAUGGACUAAACACGCACACAGCACAACAUACACCAUACUUACCUGCAACACCACAAGAACAGUUGACUGACAUAGAAGCUUGCUCAGCAUCAUAUCACACAAGGUCAGGAAGAGAGGUCAAGCCUAGAGCUGUCCUAUACCUGUGAAAUGUCAAAGGGUAUAGGCGGAUCGCUGCCAUACAAGAGUUCCAGAAUGUAAACUUGUUUUUGACAAAUUAACUUGAAAUGCUUUGGUAUUGUAUUUGUUUGAUAUGUUGAGAUGUCAUUGAUACAGUGAAAACCUGAGUUGCUGAGAAAUCUUUGUUCUAAAAGUAAUAGUAUGUUGAAUCAUUGUUUCAGAGUCUGUUAUGCUGAUGCAAUUGGUGCAGUCUGCAGUUUAAAUGGUUACUUCCCUUGAGUUCAAACUACAGAGAACAUAUGUUGAACAUUUUUAUUUUUUAUAGAAGGGGUAUGUAAUAUUCAUGUAUCAACAUACUGAAUUGUAAUUGGUUGCAUUCUACCGUCAUAUCAUACUGUGCUCUGAUACGAUUGUAGUCAUUUUCAGUUGAUCAUGGCCGGAGAUACAUGAACAUGCCAGUUAUAGCUAGGUAAUAAAGAGCUACGUUUAGAAAGAUCCUGUCAGACUUAAUUGUAUUAUUUUGUGCAAAACAAGACAUGGUGGGAAAGGAGUUGGGUGCAGUUGAAUCAGUGAAGAUAACCUGUAGCUGGCUUGUGAUAUGUGUUUGUGUUUCUUCUGACCAGAGGGAGCGGGCGCUCCAUGUCACGCAACUUGGGUCAAGAUCUGUUUCCUGCUUUGCUCUUAGGAACAGGGCACCAUUGAAAGGAGUGGUUUCUUGGGUAGUGUUAAGUGUGGAGAUGGAGCAAUUGAAGUUGAAGAUUCCCGGUGUUUGUGACGCCUGCCGUUUGGUGCGACGCAGACCCAGUGGUGAGUAUGGUGAAACAGAGGAGUCACCGUCAGUCCUUUUGAAUUUUCAGUAAGAAUCUUCAGUUGCAAUGCUUAUGGUCAUGUAGCAGCUGUGUGUAGGAGGGAGAUUCUAAGACGUGGGAAGUGU